UUUUUUCGAACAUGAUAUAAAAAGAUGAAUAAUGACUUGCAACAAGUUUUUCAGUCUCUUGGUGGCGCUCCUCUAUAAUACCUAAGUCAUGGAUGUUUGUGUCUCUUCCAAUCUGUGUCAGUGGAACUAGAGCACUGAGUGGAGGGGAGCUAUGCAUGGAUGCGCAUUUGUGUCUGUGUGCAUGAUAAAGAGGAGGAGAGUGUGCCAGUGCAGAGAGUGAGUCAGAGAGAGAGGGAGAGAGAGAAAGACAGAGAGAGGUUGCAGAAUAGAAAAAGAUAGGGCAGAAUAUAAGCUGGCAGCAUCCCUAAUAGAGCAUGAUUAAGUCGGCAAGAGAAGAAGAGGGCUGUAGGGUAGCAGAAGUGUUUGCAGCGCUGUAACAUUUAAAGGAUUUUGACUGAUUUUGACUGUGCAUCCAUUCCAAAAGCAAGCUGUAUGAUGGAUCUUCACAGAAGCCUAAAAUGGUGGAUAUAUUUUUUGCUCUGCGCUCCACUUUUUGGUGUGUCAUAUGGAGAACUCCGUUAUGUUCUUCCAGAAGAGAUGAAUAGGGGCUCAGUUAUUGGUAAUGUUGCGUUGGAUCUUGGUCUUCAGGUGUCUGAACUUCAAGCACGUCGAGCCCGUGUUGUUGCAGAAGGAACCAGCCAGCUCUGUGAACUGGACACUGCCUCUGGUAAUCUUCUGAUCAGCCAGCGAAUAGACAGAGAGGAGCUGUGUGCACAAGCCAACAGCUGUAUUCUCCAAUUUCAGCUUUUACUUGAAGAUCCACUACAAGCAAGCAGCUUAGUCCUAGAUAUCGCAGACAUAAAUGACAACAACCCAGAAUUUGCUACAAGGGAAAUAAAACUAGAUUUAGUUGAAUCCACAGUUCUGGGGAGGCGCUUUCCUUUGGAGUGUGCACAUGACCCCGAUUUGGGCACCAACUCUAUCCGGGAAUACAAACUGAGCCACAAUGAUCACUUUGCUCUGGAAAUGAGCUCCCAAAUAAAUGGUAAUAGUUAUCCGGAAUUAGUUCUUAAAAAGCAAUUGGACCGGGAAACAGAAACGGAACAUCUUCUGGAAAUCAAUGGAAUUGAUGGGGGAUAUCCAGUCAGAUCAGGAACUGCUUUUAUCCACAUCCGUGUUCUGGAUGCUAAUGACAAUGUUCCUAUCUUUAGCCGAAGACUUUACAAAGCAUCUGUUCCAGAGAAUGCAGCCAAAGGGACUCUUAUAACAACUUUGAAUGCCACCGACUUUGAUGAGGGUGUCUACGGAGAGAUAACUUACUCCUUUAGCCACCUGUCUGACAAGAUGGGAGGUGUUAUUGAAGUCAACCCUCUGACUGGAGAGGUUCGAGUGGCAGGUGUUAUAGACUAUGAGGAAGCAAGCUCACAUGAGCUGGGCGUCCAAGCAAAAGAUGGGGGUGGUCAGGCUUCACACUGUAAACUUGUAAUUGAUAUAAUUGAUUUAAAUGAUAACAAACCUGUAAUAGAAAUAAAAUCUGCAUCUUCUAACAUCGCAGAGGAUGCAAGGCCAGGAACUAUGGUUGCCCUGAUAAAUAUUUAUGACAUGGAUACUGGCAACAGCGGGCAUGUCAUAUGUUCAAUCCCAGACAAUGUUCCAUUUAAGCUAGUCUCAGAAGUAAAAAACUAUCACAUGUUAGUAACUGACGGAAUACUAGACAGAGAAUUCCAACCAGAGUACAACAUCACAGUCACCGCUACUGAUUCAGGUUCACCCUCACUUUCGAGCGUAAAAGUCAUAACACUUUUAGUUAGUGAUGUAAAUGAUAAUCCACCAACAUUUACGCACUACGUAUACAAUGCCAAUAUUUUGGAAAACCUACCAGUGGGCACAUUGGUCAUAAAACUUGAAGCACAGGACAGUGAUGAUGGAACUAAUGCUAAAAUCCUUUAUCACAUAUCACAGGAUACAAAUUCAGAAUUAUCAUCAUUUUUCACUAUUAACCAAAAUACAGGAGAGCUCUUUACAUCCUAUACAUUUGAUUAUGAACAGUCUGCAUACUUCCAACUGAAGAUUACGGCACAAGAUGGAGGUGAUCCUCAAUUUUCCUCCACCUGUACUGUAAACAUUUUCAUUCAGGAUCAGAAUGACAAUGGACCUGUUAUUCUGUACCCUGUUCAAACAUCAGGAUUCAUUGCUGAAGAUGUGGUUCCAAUUGAAGCACCUGGAGGUUAUCUGGUUACCAAGGUGGUGGCUGUUGAUGCUGAUAGUGGCCAUAAUGCCUGGCUGUCCUACAGGAUAAUCAAAGCAACAAGGUCCAAUCUUUUUAUGGCAGACCUGCAUACAGGAGAAAUCAGAACUCUGCGGACAUUCAUGGAGGAAGACGAACCCAAACACACUCUGGUGGUUUUGGUAACUGAUAACGGUCGUGAAUCUCUGUCUGCCACUGCAACAGUCAGCAUAUCACUGAGUGACGGGAUGCCAGUGUUAAGUGAAUUUUAUGAGUUUGCAGAUAAGUCAGAGAACAAUGAUAAUUUAAUGUUUUAUUUAAUAAUUGCUCUAUCUACUGUUUCAUUCCUUUUUGUCUUGUUAAUCAGUGGUGUGUUUUAUUUCAAUUUCUGUGACCACAGCUAUGUUUACCGUUCAAAUACAAGCAGUCUACCUGUUUUCCCCACAACAUACUGCACCUCAACACUUACUGAUUUUAGCCGGUGUGGAACCUUACUAAGAGAAGAUCGAUAUGACCCUUUCAUGACCACAGGGUCGUGGAGAGGCGAUUUUCGUUUUGGAUCAAACACAGACACUGACAUACUUAAAAAGAGAAGUGCAGCUUAUCAAAAAAAUACGCUGAGGCGUCUGAGCACAGAGAGGCCCAGUCUGAAGAUUAGAGCAGGACCAACACACCCGUGUUAUGUGAUAAAAUGAGCAUCAAAUAGUAGGUCAGGAAAAACUUUGGGGCAAAUUUAUCCUUCCUCAGAUUUUUUUAUCAACUUCUGCAGAGGUGGAUUUAAUCAUUUGAGUGCUUAAAUUGAUACAUAAGAUUUGCACUCAUGACUUUAAAUUUGUUAUAAAAACUUGCAAGUAAAGGAUACUUGUUCACUCAUUGUAGAUUUUAACUGGAGUUAUUGGAAAGUAUAUGAUUUACAUUAAGAGUAUUUUCUAAAUCUGUCUAUGCUUGCUUAUUUAAAAUAAUAUAUGAUGAGUUCAUCUUGUAAAAAGGUUACGUUUUCUCUGAGAAAUGCUGCUAUUCUAAUAUAGAUGUAGUUAACAUUUUUUGACAUUUGUUAGCAAAAUACUUGAAAUGUUGGCAUCCAGAAGUAUAAUAUUACCUAACAAUGUGGUAAUUUUGCAAUAAUAUAUUUCUUAAACCAUAAAGGAUAAGAGUUUGUCAAUAAUGCAAUGUAAUGUACUGUGAUGUUAUAUAUUUCAGUUUUUAAUCACAUUUUUUUCCAAUUAAAAGGAUGCUUAAAAGACUGCAUUUCUCAAAGACAAAAUAUUUUUGCAAUUUUGCAAUUUGCUUAUGCUGGUAUUCUGUAUGGCAUGGUCUUUCAAGAAUAUGUACUAAUAAAACAUUCUCAUAAGCGCUAACUGUUGCACAGCUUUAAAAUGUUCAAUUUAAUUUAUAAAUUAAUCAUUUUGUAUUAUGCAGGCAUAUUUUACACAUUCCUAUAUAGGACUCUUAGUAACAAGAUUACUUGGUGGAUUGUCCUGGUAUUCUUAAAGAAAACAGUGGAUUUAUGUCAUAUUUGAGUUAAAUGUGUAUUUUGUGUUUAUUAAAAAAAUGCAGAUGUAAAAUCUGCAAAAAGAAACUAAUGUGUAUUUCCAAAAUAAUGCACGACUGUCAACUACAGGUAAUACAAUAACACAAUGGCAUUGAGAAAAAACUAUACUAUGGACUUAUUAUAAAAAAAAGAAACAUAAUUACACUAUUUCUGGUAGAUAUUAUUUCAUUAACAAAUAUAAAAAUAUUUAAUUCUACAGUUCAUGUCUGCAUGGACAUGAGGAGUAUCAUUCACACAUUUAUUGUAAAACAUUUUAGAAACAUGUUUCGAGGCAUAGUAAAACUUUGACUUGUUUGACUUGCAGUAGAAUUGGAUAUGCUUUAUAUUGUAUCAUUAGAAUCAGCAACACCUACUGUAGCAUUGCUUUUUUAAAUCCUGGUAGAGUGAACACCAUCAGUGGUUUCAAUGGUUUUGAGAAGGUUUUUCCAAAUAAGCUAAAAACCAGUCGGCUGGACUUAGUUUCCAAGUUUGAAGAUGUUUCGCUUCCCAUUCAGGAAGCUUUUUCAAUUAAAAAAAAAUGUUUUGG